AUGAGUUCCAAGGCAGCAGUUUUAGAGAAAAUGAAACAAAAUGGUGUAAAUUGCCGAUUGCAAGCUAUUUAUGUUACCAAACUUGCACAGGCAAUUCAGGAAUCCGAUAUUGAAUCGAUGAAAAAAAUAAAACCCCUUAAUGAAGAGAAAAAAUACCUGAUUGCUAACUCAAUCAUUAUCAAUUUUCUGAAUUCCAGAAAAUUUGAUAAAACUCUCGAAUCCAUAUCAAUCGAAUCGAAAGAUUUCAAGGAAAAAAGCAUAAAAUCUCCUGAAAAGGAAUUAAAAUUACAAGCUAAUGGAAAAUUAAUCAAACAAUUAAUAAACUCAAAUACAAAAACUCAGAAAGAUCAAAGUCAUACAGAAUUACGCAAGCAGCUUACAAACAGAUUGCAACAGAUCAACGAUGAAGAUGAAAAACCUGAAAAGAAAGAAGAACCACUGAAAGAAACUCCCAAAGAACAAAAGAAGCCAGUUGAGCCCGUUAUUGAAGUCAAAACUGACGAAUCAGACUCCUUUGAUUUUGAAAUCGAAGAUACUACAAAACCAGCUCCAAAACAGCCCCAGCAGCAAGCAAGCAAAGAUAAUAAUAAAGAUUCUCAAAAGCCACCUGAAAAACCGGCUCCUAAAGCAGAGGUAAGUAAUUCUAAACCAGCUCCUCAAGUUAUUACAGAAGAAUCAACCUCGAACAUUUCCGAUCCUUUGGAAGAAAGCAAACCGGUCAACUUAAAGCCAGCUAAAAACGAUAAUAUCAGACCACCACAGAAAACAGAAUCAAUUUCAUCAGGAAUGAAUUUCAGCUUUGAUGAAUCAGAUAAUUCCGUCGAAGUCCCAACUAAAGUUCAGCCAAAGGGUGCUAAAGGCCAAGCUAGUAAUAAAUCAGACGAUGAAUCGAGCGGAGUUUUAGAAUUAAGUGAUGAACCAUCAAUUCCUGUUCAAACAUCUACAAAAUCUAGAGAUAUUCCAGCCGCUAAGCAGCCAGUUGUAAAUAAAAUUGAAGAAAGUACAACAGACGACUUUGGAGCUGAUCUUGAUUUUUCAUCAGAACAACCUCAAGAUAAGCCUGCUCCAAAGCCAGCUGCUAAGCCAGCUCCUCAAAAGAGUGCAAUCGAAGACACUAGCUCAAUGAAUUUUGAUUUCGAUAUUAGCGAUGACGAUGAAGAUGAGAAGCCAACUAAUACAAAGGCUGAUCCACCAAAAGCAAAGACUUCUGCUGCUGCACCAGCUCCAGCUAAACCAGUAGCAGCACCUGCAAAUAAGAAUCCUGCAGCUAAAUCUAAUUCUUCGGAUAUCGAUGUUAGUUUAGAUGAAUCCGAUUUUGACUUGUAA